AUGUUAGAAAUACCAAAGUUUGGAAUAGCCCAUGACUUACAUGAAAAGGAAAUGGGUAUAUUUCAUAUGCCUAUUAGUCUUGCAAAAGCCAAAGUUUGUGAUUUGUUUGAAGUUCGUGGUCUCUGUUGGGAUACAGAUUUGGUUAGGGAAGUGUUUGAUAGGGAGGAUGCGGAGCGUAUUUUAGACAUACCUACCAGCUCUCGGAAUGUUGAGGAUGGGUGGCUUUGGAAAUAUGACGCUAAAGGGAAUUUCACUGUUUGCAUCUGUUAUAUAGCAGCUUUUGGCGAAGAAAAUGGGCAUCCUAGCAAGCUUUGGGGGAUGAUUUGGCAGCUAAACAUUCCGUUGGAUAUUCAGAAUUUUCUUUGGCGAGGAUGUAAGGGUUUUCUACAAACCUUGGAAGCUUUAGCAACUCGGAAAGUGUUUGUGCUGAAUCAAUAUGUAGUGUUCCCGAAGCUUGAAGACGAAGGUAGCUUCUUCGGCUGGGUUCUUCGAUGGCUGCCAGUUUUGAAGGCGGGGGAUAAAGCUCUAAUAGCGGUAGUGUGCUGGAAUCUAUGGAUUAACAGAAAUAAUCAUGUUUGGAGGAAUAAGACAGGUUCAGUGGAAUCUAUCUUAGCAGCAACAAGCUCUCAGUUUGCUGCUUGGUAUGUUGCUCACACGUCGGUGGCUCCUCUCCGUUCAAUAGGAAUGGUUGGAGGAGACGGGUGCAUUCAGUGGAGUCCUCCAAAUCAUGGCUUUCUUAAGGCCAAAAUUGAUGCAAUUAAUUUUUCUAGAGGGGCAGGGACAAAUAUAAAAAUUGUUGUGAGAGACUGGAAUGGGAAUGUGGUGAGUUCUCGGCAAGUCCACUUGCUUGGUAGUUUGAGUCCAAGGGCAACGGAGAUUAUCGGCGUUAAGGAAGCGGCGUUAAGGAAGCUCUUAGCUUGCUUAAGGGAUACCCAAACUUGA